AAGGAGCAGAAUGCACUGCUGCUUCCUGGUCACCAAAUGAUUCCAACAGGGAUGGAUCAUCGAGGAGAAAUAAGCCAUUUUGAAGAAAAGAUGAUGGGAAACAUGUCCAGGACCAGUGCAUGAGACGUGAGACCAUUCAACUAAUACAAGAGCUCUCUCUCCAAGACACCCGCUAAAAUGUAGGAUCAGAUCAAGACAAGAAACUGGAUAAGGAGCAGCCCCAGCAUUUGAACUCAGACUAGGGAAGAGGGGAUGCUGCUUAUAGUGACGCAAAAGGAGGAAGUCGGAGUACAAAGAGAAAACCCCACACAGUCACAGAGACAACAUGGACGGAAAGAACCAGACGACCAGCAGAAGACAAAGAAACAGUUCGAGGAGCCUCAGGACGAUCGACAACAGAAGAAAAGUGUCCGAGAACAGGAAGAAGAUGACCAACAGCAUCAAACAGAGAAGAAGAAGAAGAAACAGACCCCGGAAGAAGAAGAAAAAGAAGAAGAAGAGAAGCUCCAGAUUACUCCAAAGGAAUCUCUGGAUGUGGAGCUACGCAUUUAGAUCUGCUGUUCAUGUUCUCUCCCUCCUCUGUACCCUCAUCCCAAAUGGAGGUUUUUUUUCAACUUCCCGGCAACAGGAAGUUUUUUU